AGGCAACGAGGCAACAUGGAACGCCCUGAAUGGACAAAAAUACAUGCAGAUACCUCCAUCCAGAGGUCGUCACAGACACUCUCGGUCGUUGCCGACAUUGCAUACAUUUAUGGUGGAGAAUUACAUCCCCGCGAGCCGGUUGAUUCAGCUAUAUAUCGAGUGCCUGUGAAUCGAGAGAGUGCAUCGGACAGGAAAAUAUCAACAAUUCCUGAACCAACCAAUGCCCCCCAACCUAGAGUCGGGUCUGCAUCUACCACCAUCGACGGGAAAAUCUACAUUUUCUCCGGCCGUGGCGGCACCGCCAUGGCUCCCAUAGAAGAGCAGGGUUCAUUCUGGUGCUUUGACCCUCCCAGCAACACCUGGUCUCAAGUCCAACCCAGCGACCCACAACUUCGGUACCCUGUUGGACGCAGCUACCAUUCACUCACAAACAACGGCCAAGACACGAUCUUCCUCCAUGCCGGCUGUCCUGAUAAAGGUCGACUAGCCGACCUGUGGGCAUUCAACAUUCGGACUCGCCAGUGGCAGGAACUGCCUCUAGCACCCAAGCCUGAAAGAGGCGGUACGUCGAUUGCGUAUGCGAAUAGGAAGCUAUUCCGUAUGAACGGGUUUGAUGGAACCACAGAGCAAGGAGGUGCAGUAGACGUAUUUGAUGUCGAGAAUAACGUCUGGAGCACUGUUACCUACCCAGCCGAUGGGGUUUCUGGCCCUAAGCCCCGUAGUGUGAGCUGUCUGUUAUCGCUCAACAUUCAGCAGAAACCGUCUCUAGUGACCAUGUUUGGUGAGGGAGAUCCUAGUAGCCUGGGUCACCAAGGAGCCGGGAAAAUGUUUUCAGAUGUAUGGGUUUUCGAUAUCGAGUCCCAGAAAUGGACGGAAGCACCGGUUGAUCAAAAGAAAGCUCCUGUAGCCCGGGGCUGGUUUGAUGCAGAUGUGAUAGCGGACUCUGUCAUUAUCCACGGAGGUCUGGCGGAGUCAAAUGAGCGUUUGGGUGAUGUAUGGCGGCUUUACUUUUGAUGUGACUAUCCCAGCCAUUCAAUAAGCCAGGUUAUAUUUAAGAGACGAUGUUAUCCCAGCACAAUGGACGCGGCUAGUUUCUAUAAAUUUGCAUAACUCUUUAUAUUUAUAACAUAUACUAC